CACAGACGCCAUCUUGAGGAGACCCCGAACUGGUUGGUGACUGACAACAAUCUCAGGCGCAUCAUGAUGGGAUUACGCACCAACAAGUAAAACAGCAUCACAUCAGUUCCGCGUUGCACGCGUUAAAGGGAAAGGAGAGGAGCUGUCCAGCGUGUGUUCACCGAUCCAGGUUUUUUAUUUUUUUAAAGAGAGGCUGCUCUGUAGCCUGAUGGCCGGUUAGCUGCUCUCUGGACUCCACCGCGGCCUGUUCGGGAGGAGGAAGGGUGGUGACGGCGCAAAAUGCUCUACCGCUGACUCCCAACAACACCCAGAGACUCGCUGCGAGUUGGACGACGAGCACGAUGCACUGAUAGAUUUUUUUUAGACGCCCUUAAACUUUUACGAAUUUUUGUGUUGUGUGUAGAGGCUGUGAACGACAGUGAGUGCCGUCUUGCGUACCCUGAAUUCCCAGCCUGAGACAUGUCAUCCAACUGCACCAGCGCAGCGCCUGUCAGCGCUAGCAAAACCAAGACGAAAAAGAAGCAUUUUAUAGGACAGAAAGUGAAAUUAUUCCGUGCGAGUGAGCCCAUUCUCAGCGUUUUAAUGUGGGGUGUCAACCAUACGAUUAACGAGUUAAGUAAUGUGCCUGUACCAGUAAUGCUGAUGCCAGAUGACUUUAAAGCCUACAGUAAGAUCAAAGUGGACAACCACCUAUUUAACAAAGAAAACCUGCCUAGUCGCUUUAAGUUCAAAGAGUACUGUCCCAUGGUGUUCAGAAACCUGAGGGAGAGGUUCUGCAUUGAUGACCAGGACUACCAGAACUCUCUAACGAGGAGCGCCCCACUCAACAGCGACUCCCAGGGGCGCUUUGGCAACCGCUUCCUGUCCAGCUACGACCACCGCUUUGUAAUUAAAACGGUGUCGAGCGAGGACAUCGCUGAGAUGCACAACAUCCUGAAGAAAUAUCACCAGUUUAUAGUGGAGUGUCAUGGCAACACGCUGCUCCCACAGUUCCUGGGCAUGUACAGGCUAACAGUGGACGGGGUGGAGACGUACAUGGUGGUGACCCGGAAUGUAUUCAGCCAUCGCCUCACCGUACACCGCAAAUACGACCUGAAGGGUUCUACGGUCUCAAGGGAAGCCAGCGACAAGGAGAAGGCAAAAGAACUCCCAACUUUUAAAGACAACGACUUUCUGAAUGAAGGCCAGAAGCUGCAGAUAGGAGACGACAACAAGAAGUACUUUUUGGAGAAGCUAAAACGUGAUGUAGAGUUCCUGGCCACCCUAAAGAUCAUGGACUACAGUCUCCUGGUGGGAAUCCACGAUGUGGAUCGGGCCGAGCAGGAGGAGAUGGAUGUGGAGGGCGUGGGAGAGGAGGAGGAGUACGAGAACGACGGGAUGGGCGGAGGCGUGCUCACCGGCUCCUUCGGCACGCCCCCCGACAGCCCCGGAAACCCUCUCAACUGUGGAGGAUUCUUCGGCCCCGGGGAGUUCGACCCCUCUGUGGACGUUUACGCAAUCAAGAGCCACGACAGUGCUGUGAAGAAGGAGGUGUACUUCAUGGCUAUCAUCGACAUCCUCACUCACUAUGACGCGAAGAAAAAAGCUGCACAUGCUGCCAAAACUGUGAAACACGGGGCGGGCGCCGAAAUAUCGACGGUGAACCCGGAGCAGUACUCGAAACGAUUCUACGAGUUCAUGUCCAACAUCUUAUCAUAGAUUCAUCUCCCAGUCCAGCCAGUCACUUUCUGUCAUAGAUCUGUCAAAUGCCACGCACUUAUUUCUCUUCUCCUUCACAUCAGUGUAGGUCCAUCUCCCCCCCCUGCCUCUCUACGCCCAGAAAAAAAACAACAACUACCAGUGUCCUCCCACAGCCAGCAUGAGUCUGGCAGGAAGGAUGCACCGCGCCUGUUACACUGUCCCACACACACACACACACACACACACACCACCACCUCCCGGCUCCCUCAUCUACUAGCUGACUGCAAAAACUCAUGAAACCACUCACUGAAUUCGGAAUGACAUCCCGAUAAUCUCCCUGUUCUUUUUUUUAUUUUUAUUUUUUAUAUAAAUAUUCUGCCUCCCGGUUCUCCUCAGCCACCUUAUUAAUCCUCACGCCAGCACGGAAACUGUCUCACUAAUGCCUUGAACGAGUGUGUCAGCUUCAGCAGUUAACAGUCCGUCAGUACAGUCUCUUUGGUUUCUGUUCAUGUCGUUGUUGUUGUUAUAAUUUCUAUUAGACGCACACACACACACACGCGCGCAGAUGUAAACAACUUGCACAGAUACUGAAUGGUCAGAUUGCACGACAAACACUUUGACAGUUGCUAUCAGGCUUCUCUCACAGUACCAACAAAAGAAUCAAAAGCACUGCUGACAAAUUGGAACAGGGGGUAAACACUUUAAUAUAUAAUGGUGUAUUAAGUAAAUUAAUGCAAUAUCAAAAAUGCAUGGCUGAUGUGUACAUGAGACUCCACCAGUAAGUUGAAACAUCAAACCACUGAACUUAGCAUCUGAGUGUUAUGACUUAAAAAAAAAACUGGAAAAAAAAUUGGUGUUUAAAUGUUACGUUGCCAUAUUGUUUUUGACUAUUUUUGAAAUUUUAACCGUGAGCUUGGUGGAGGUUGGUCAAAGAAAAAAAAAUUCACAUAAAAAGGGGAAUUCUGCAGCAAAUACUUGUUUUAUUACCAUAAUGAUCAUUUUUAUAUCUUGUUUACAUUAAUGUAGCAAUUUUGUUUGUAUACAGUAUUGUUUUGUUACCAACAGACAUUAGAAAAAAAAAAAGUUACUUGAAAAUGAUUCAUUGCAUAUUAAAGGGAGUUUUAUCUUGUUUGGCUAUGCUUAUUUCUUCAGUGACUACCUCACUGUUUGACAAAGGUUUUUAUUUAGGUCACAAGAUAACUGAGCUAUCUCCAUGGCAACUGACCAAAUGCCAGCUACAAAGGCGGACUGUGAGACGCAGUUAAAAACUUUGGAAACGGCUUGUAAGUAGACCCGGGGUUAGGCUUUUUGUCCGAACACCAGAAAACAUCUCAUUAAGCAAUAGCAUUUCCCUGAACAGUUAGGUUAUUGAUAUAGACUUCAGGGGCUCCCAAGAGAUUUUAGAAAUACAGUACAGGUCAAACUCCAUAAAUGCAGUAUUCUACACUUCCCAUAAUGCAACUUGGUAUGGUAUUUUUUUUCAUUUCCAUCCCCUGCAUGGUCUGAGGGUUCAGAAUUGACAUCCGGACUGGCCCCUUUCAGGCUUUGCUUUAAAAGAAUGUGAAAUUGUCGCUACAAGUGUUCUCUGCAGUGUGACAUGUCGAGAACCAUUUAAUGGUUUCUGUAAUCUCACUAUUAUUUUUCAAACUGGUGUACAGUCCAAGCUUGCUGUCUUAAAAAGUGUAAAGAAAGGUUUACGUAUUUUCAGGUCAGCCAACCUUGCUGAUGUAGUCUUCCUUGAAUUUUAAUUUCAGUUGCCAAGCAUGUCUUGGUUUGGUGCAGAACCGGUGAAUUUUAACACAAUAUGUAACAUGAAUCAAAGAUCUGAAAAGUGAUGGCAAUGUAGUGCAAUUUCUUCCAUAAAUAAUAUCAGUCAA